AUGGGAAAGGCAGACGUCCGACACUUGCCGACGCCCUUACACGCAGGUGAUGUCAUCGGCUGGGACCUAAAAACAGUGACCCCGCAUGAUGAGCCGAAGUGGUCUAUGCUUCUCGCGCUCGAUUUCACCAGCGGGAAGACUUGGACGUGGGCUCUGGAUUUCGGUGAAGCCACGGCUGUCAAGGUCCAGGAGCUGAUGCUCAAGUUCUAUGCGGACAACGAACUCCCAGCUAUAUGCUGGACUGACGAUGGUGGCCAGUUCCGCAACCUGCUCACGACUGCCAUCGAGGCCACACUGGGCGUCCGUCCCCGAACGAUCCCGCCGGGACGCCCCCAGGCAAUCGGGCUGGUGGAAUGCCACAACCGGCUGCUAGACCUGGCGCACGCCGGACAGAGGAGCCGCCUCCUCGCGGCGACGGUGGCUGUAAACUCCCGCAUCCAUCAGCGGUAUGGCGUCAGCCCAGAAAGCUUGUGGCGCUCACUGCGACCCACCGAAAGUCGCUGGAAGAAUCUACAGCUUCGCGGCAUCAUCCAUGGGGAGGCCAAACCCAUUUCCGAGGCCGACUGGCUACGUUUCCUCGAUGAGAGCCAGGCUGGUCUCACGCCAGAGUACGUGCAGCAGGCAGCUGAGGCGCUCCACAAGGCCGUGGCCCCAAUUGCCGGCGCCCUCAACAACAAGAAGAUGCGUGAGGCCAUGAAGCGGCACCUGCGCUAUGCCAGGAAAAGGACGCAUCGCAGCACUAUGCCGCUGGUGUCGGGCGACCGUGUCAUCGCACGCAACAGCCAAUACACGACGAAGACCGGGCGUGGCAAGUUCGAGACCCUGGGCGGUGAAGUGCGAGAGUUCACAGUCCUCUCAGUCUCGCAGGGUUUCGUGAGCCUCAAAGACAACAAGACCGGUCACGAGUGUGUCAGACACGAAGCCAGUCUCAAGCUCAUGCCAAUCCAGCUGGAGGCGGAUGACACAGUCAUGGCGGAUGGCGCCUGCCUUUACAGGGCCUUGCACAUGGGCAUGCAGCUGCGUGGUGGCAUCGCAGCCGAGGCUUUGCAGGACGACGACGCUGGCGCGCAGAGCCUGCGUAGCCAGGUCUGCUGCUGCAUGCACAAGUACCUGGACUCCCUGACGCCCGGACGGCUGCGCCAGGUGACAGAGGCCGUAUGUGUGGAGCCUCUGCGUGAUUUAGAGCUUGCCUCUUCGGAUGCCAUGUCGGACAACGGAGGGUUCAACUGGGGCACAUACUUUGCGUACGCCAUGAAGCCACGCACGUACGGCACCUUCUGCAAUCUGGCGGCGUUUGUGCGGAUGUCUGGCAUCCCUGUCGAAGUCUACUCUUGGCGCGACGGCUUGGAGCUUGUGUGGACUGAGAACAACGACGGGGCUGCUGGAGGCCGUCCAAUUGCACUGCUGCGUGGGAAUGUGCACUUUGAUCUACUCGCUCUGAAAGAGCCGGGAACAUCGCUUCCCAUCAAGCCUGGUCCAAAAGCCAAGGCCAAAGCAAAGGCAAAAGCCAAGGCAAAGGCCAAAACAAAGGCCAAAGCCAAGGCUGCAGGCAUCCGUAAGGCGAGCUUGAAGCGAUCCUAG